CGUAGAUAAAAUUCAAGAUGAAAAUAUGAUUUUCCUAGAAAGAGCAAAUAUGUAAAUGUUAAAAAACAAUAUAUAUGAUCAUCAAUAGCCCAAAGUUGUAAACAAGGUGUCACAAUACGGUCCCUGUACAAUAUAUAAACGGAGUCACUAGGAUGAGGCAGUCACUGCGGACCCAUCUCGGUAAGCUUAUUCUAAGGAUGAUUUCCGUAUAUGUUUUAACUUUAGGUUUCAUUGCCCUGACACAGGGAUGCACUUGGAUUCCCACCUAUGACCAGGAAGAUUAUUGCUAUGCGACAUACGUUUUCGAGGCUGAAGUAAAUGAGACACCUAUUCUGGAUUACUCAAGGACAUAUUACGAACAUGAUAUAUCUGUCAAAAAUGCGUACAAGUUCGAUGGUAACGAAGAAGAAGUCUUCGCCUUUAGAACUCUGUAUGGAGACGGACCAGGUUUCUCUUGUGGGAAAGGUUUUUUGACGAAAGGGAAAUCCUAUCUUAUAUACGCAAAAAGGUUUGGCGUUAAUUUACAUAUUAGCGAAUACCAAUCAAUGGAAUACGUCAACGACACUGAUAUAGAACGGAUAACUAAAAAAUACGACUGUAGCUGUACGAUUGUAUUCAAUUACCCCAAAGUGCUGGGUAACGGUCCGGGGAUUGAACUACCCCCGCCAACAAUGAACAAGUGUAAUGUUCCUACAAACUACAACUGCCUACGGACGUGGUACUGCAAACGUAACUCCGAUGGCCGCUGUACCUGGGGGACUCUUGGUAACUGCCAUUACAUGUAAUAUCAAGAGGACAUUACAUCAUGAUUGUAUACUAUGCUAAUUAAAUGAUGAAGAUGCUUGA